CCGCCUCCCCCAAGUCGGACGACACCUCCUCCUGCGACGCCCUGCUUCGUUCUGCUCCGUCGUUCUGCUCCGUCGUGCUGCAUCCUUGACCACUGUCCACCAUAGAGAGCUCCUCGCUGUCCCCAGGGCGCUCCCUGACUCGACACCGGCUGCUGCAACUCCUCCCCUCUCUCUCUCUUCUCCCUCUCUCGCUGCCCCGAGAGACGUGGUGUUCUGGUCCUGCUGGCUGCUCCUGUGCCCCCUUCUUUGUCUACGCCAUCCAGCACACGACGACGCACGACGCACGACGCACGACACACGACGCACGAACUGCAGCUAAUUUGUCCCCCUCCUCUUCGCCUGUAUCGACGCCCUACUGCUGCCGUUCGACUCCCGUCCCCCUUCUUUGCGUGCUCUCUCUAGUCCAGAGACUACACCUCCCCCAAGUCCCGGAAAGGGGUCGUCAGGAUGGACCCGGACUGCGCCAUCUGUCACGCUCCGGCCUCCCUCGCCUGCGACUGCGAGGCGAAGGGCCUGGAGGUCGCCGUGAGGCAAGCCGAGAAUCGAAUGAUGCAGUCGAUAUAUAAUGAUAUACGAUCAUGGGUACGAGCUCAUGCACAGGACUACAUCCUCCAAUACUUCCAACUUCUCACAGAGCGACGCAAAGCGGCCCACGCUCAACACCUCGAACGCCUCUCGGCGCACUCGUAUCAUUAUUACCACGCGCCGCCGCACCCCAACGAGAUCUCGGCCGCCCAGGCCCAGCUGAAGCGAGGCAUUGACGAAGACUGGCAAGCGUCGGUGCAACGCUAUCCCGAAGUGCUCGAGUACUUCUUCAGCCUGGUGGAACUGACCCUCCCCGACGACAACGAGCAAGCCGUCAAGGACCCGCCCCUCAGCGCCCUUAGCGGGCCGCGAAAGGGGGCCCGGCGUGUCGGUGGCGGCGGCGCUACAACCGUCGCGAGCGGGCCCAGCCUUGCUGCUCACGAGAGAGACUUGCCCAUGCCUCGGCGUACCCCACCACCGCUCGAGCCCCUGCGUGAGAGGAGGACUCCGGGCCCGAGAGAGCGGAGGCAGUCCUAUGGGAGACCGCCCCCGCCCCCGCCGUCGUACUACCCGCCGCCUUAUUGACACGAUGUCGAAGGGUGGUGGUAUCGUGAAGGUGGCACGGAAGGAUGACGGUCGCUCAUUUCCGGCAUCACCUUUUUCCUCGCCUACGCACCAUUUGGCCGUCUUCUCCGCCGUUUUCAUCGUCUUCGACAUGCUGAUGAGUCAUAACGGGAGCAUAUGUUUGCGUUUGGAUAUCCUCUCUGGCUAGCGUUUCACGACAACGAUUUGCAUUGCCUCGGCCUGGCUUCUGCGUUUUGUUUUUCUUUUUUUCUUGGAUGCCAUUGUUGGGAGUUUGUUCAUCUUGCCUCUUGUCCCCCUUCUUCG